CUUCGUCCCCGCCGGCCCGGGCCGGGGCGCGGGGGUCCCUCGCCCCCGCCGCCGCCGCCGCUCGCCAUGCCGACCAGCCUGUAGCCGCCCCAUGGAGCCAGCCAACUUCUACGAGGUCGAGCCCCGGCCCCCGAUGAGCGGCCCCCCCCGGGCCUGCAGAGCCCCCCCCCCGCGCCAGCCCAGCGGCGUCGCCUUCGGCUACCCCCGGGAGGCGGCCCCGGCCCAGCCCCCGGCCCACGCCGCCCAGGCCGAGCAGCUGGGCGACAUCUGCGACAACGAGAACUCCAUCGACAUCAGCGCCUACAUCGACCCGGCCGCCUUCAACGACGAGUUCCUGGCGGACCUGUUCCAGCACAGCAAGCAGCAGGAGAAAGCCAAGGCCAUCCUGGCCGGGGGCGAGUUCGACUACCCGGGCCACGCGCACCUGGCGGGCCACGCCAUGCACGGGGGCCCGCACGGGGGCCCGCCCGGGGGCCCGCCCGGGGGGCACCCGCAGAUCUACGGCUGCCUGGCCGCCGGCUACCUGGACGGCAAGCUGGACCCCCUGUACGAGCGCGUCCCGGCGCCCGGCCUGCGCCCCUUGGUCAUCAAGCAGGAGCCCCGGGAGGAGGACGACGCCAAGCAGGCCGCCCUGGCCGCCCUCUACCCCUACCCGGCGCCCCCGCAGCCGGCCCCGCAGCCGCCCCCGCCGCCGCCGCCGCCCCCGCAGCCGCCCCCGCACCACCCGCCCCACCCGCACCCGGCCUCGCACCUCCAGUACCAGAUCGCCCACUGCGCCCAGACCACCAUGCACCUGCAGCCCGGGCACCCCACGCCCCCGCCCACCCCCGUGCCCAGCCCCCACCACCACCACCACCCGCACCCGCACCCCCAGCACCAGAACGGCCUGCCCCCCGGGGGGGGACUCAAGCUGAUGCCCACGGACCACCGGGGCAAGUCGAAAAAGUCCGUGGACAAGAGCAGCAGCGAGUACCGCGUGCGCCGCGAGCGCAACAACAUCGCGGUGCGCAAGAGCCGGGACAAGGCCAAGCAGCGCAAUGUGGAGACCCAGCAGAAAGUGCUGGAGCUCACCAAUGACAAUGACCGGCUGCGGAAGCGGGUGGAGCAGCUCACCCGGGAGCUGGACACGCUGCGGGGCAUCUUCCGCCAGCUGCCCGAGAGUUCCCUGGUCAAAGCCAUGGGCAACUGCGCCUGAGACACCCCCCUCGCCCUCCCCUCCACGGCUAGCGCUCGCUCGGGGAGCUGCGCGGAGGAGGUUGGGGAGUGGGGGGGGGGGCGGGGGGCGUGGAAAGAGAGGGUUUGCUUCUUUCCAUCUUUCUUUCUUUCUUUUUGGUCAUCGUUUUGGAGCCGACUGAAUCCGGGACGGCCCGAGACAGAACAAGGACCGUCUGCUGCCCUUAUCCGACCACCUGCUGGGUUGGGUGCCGCCGUCCCCCUCCCCGUCUCCUCCCCCACCCGACCUUUCUCUUCCCCAUCCUCUCCGCCCUCCCCAGACCUCGAACUUCUCUCUCUCUCUCUCUCUCUCUCUCUCUCUCUCUCUCUCUCUCUCUCUCUCUCUCUCUGCGUCUCGGAUUUGGGUUUGUGUUCGGUUCUCUCUUUCUUGCUGAUUGGGAGGCUGAGAAGAGGAGGAGGAGGGGGAGAAAGAAAGGGUUAAAAGGGGGGGAGGAAAAGAGGGAACCCCAGAAGCCAGGCAGCUGUAGUAUUAAAUCAACCCGUGCCUUAUGAGCGGCCCGUAUAAGCUGAAACUCGAGUGUUCCAAGUAUCUACAAGGAUAGAGCAAGCAAACCAUGUUGUG